AUGGGAACGCAGACGGCUUUUCACCGACAAACAGGGCUGCCCCCGGGUCCCACGGAACGCGGCCUGCUGCAACCCUUUGGCGCUCGGACGUGGGAAAACAAACUUCCAACCAGCUCAAGGUCCCGGGGUGCCCUGAGAAGGCGCGCCGCAGUAGGGUAACCGUUCGGCUGCCUGGAUGGGCGGGUCCGGCUGCUGGGAGCUCCGCCUCCUCCCUCCCUCCCUCCUUGCCGGGCGCCCGGCCGCGCCGUCUCUUCGUCGCCCUUCCCUCCGCCUCCCGCUCCGUCCGAGCCGCGAUGACCCGGCCGGCGGCUGCCCGAGCGGGCUAGACGCAGCAGAAGCUUUGCUGGGCGAGCGAGCCGAGCCGGGAGGAGGCGGCAGCCGCGAAAGAAGGCGCGCUUGCGGCUGGCUGGCUUGGAGAGCUGGCUUUUGUUUCGCUUCUGGCCGUCGCCGCGCCUCGGGCUGUCCCGGCUGGGAGAAGAAGGGUCGGCCGGCGGAGGCGCCGCGCGGCCCGGGAGCGGAGGCGCCGCGCGCAGGAGCCCGGGCAAGGGUCGCUCCCUGCGGCUCCGCGCGCCUAGCCAAGGCACGGGGGCGCCAGUGCCGCGCUCGCCAAGGUUACACAAGCGCUCCGAGCAGGGGGGAGGAGGAGGAGAAGGAGGAGGACGGCCGGCCGGCCGGUCGGGAUAAGGUAGCCCGCGGGAGGUUCCCCGCCGCUCCAAAUUCCCUGCGACAGCCGCUGAGACCCCGAGGAUCUCUCCGCGGAGGCAACCGAGGGUGUUCCCAAGCCCUGAUGGAUUUCUGAUAGUUUGCUGGUGACAAGUUGGGAAGAGCAUGGUGAAACAUCAACCGCUACAGUACUACGAGCCACAGUUAUGUUUGUCAUGUCUGACGGGGAUUUAUGGUUGCCGUUGGAAACGAUACCAGCGGUCACAUGAUGACACCACGAAGUGGGAACGCCUCUGGUUCUUAAUCCUCACCUUCUCUUUCUUCCUGACCCUGAUCUGGUUUUAUUUCUGGUGGGAAGGUCACAAUGACUACAAUGAGAUCAACUGGUUUUUAUAUAAUAGGAUGGGAUAUUGGAGUGACUGGUCCAUUCCAAUACUUGUUACAACUGCUGCUGGCUUCAUGUAUAUCACAGCAUUAUUGAUUUUAGCACUGUGUCACAUAGCUGUAGGACAGCAAAUGAACCUGCACUGGAUCCACAAGGUUGGAUUGAUAACAACCUUGAUAACGACGGUUGUCACCAUGUGCUCCGUAGCCCAGCUGUGGGAUGAUGAGUGGGAAAUGGUUGUCAUAUCAUUGCAAGCAACAGCUCCUUUUCUGCACAUAGGAGCCCUUGUGGCUGUCACAGCGCUGUCUUGGCUGGUCUCGGGGCAGUUUGCAAGAGCCGAAAGAGCCACUUCCCAGAUGCUGAUGUUCGGCGCCUACUUUGCUGUGGUCCUUGCCCUUUACCUCAUCCCCCUCGCAAUCUACUCCCCUUGCAUAAUGCAGAAGAAGGACCUCGGGCCCAAACCUGCCAUAAUUGGUCACCGCGGAGCCCCCAUGAUGGCACCUGAAAACACUCUGAUGUCCUUCCAGAAGGCGGUGGAGCAGAAAGUCUACGGUGUGCAGGCGGAUGUGGUGAUAAGUUAUGAUGGGGUGCCUUUUCUAAUGCACGAUGAGACGCUCCGGAGGACGACCGACGUGGAGGUGGUGUUCCCAGAGCUGGCCCACGAACAUGCCUCCAUGUUCAACUGGACAGACCUGCAGAGGCUGAAUGCCGGUGAAUGGUUCCUCAAGAACGAUCCCUUCUGGACUGCUGACGCCCUCUCCAGCUCUGACUUUGUAAAAGCCGCCAACCAAUCCAUCUGCAAGCUGGCUGAGAUGCUGGAAGUGAUCAAGGGCAAUGCCACCGUCCUCUUGAACCUCCAGGACUUGCCCCAGGACCAUCCCUACCACAGCGCUUUCAUCAACAUCACCCUGGAAAUGGUCCUCGAGUCAGGCAUCCCGCAGCAGGCUAUGAUGUGGUUGCCUGACUCUCAGCGCAGGCUGGUUCAAGAGAUUGCCCCGGGUUUCCAACAGACCUCUGGUAUCAAGGCAGGGGCUCAGCCUUUGAGGGACAGAGGCUUCCGGAAGCUGAACCUGCGGUACACCAAGGUCACCAGUGAUGAUAUCAGGGAAUACACAGCAGCAAACUUGAGUGUUAAUCUGUACAUUGUGAAUGAGCCUUGGCUGUACUCUAUCCUGUGGUGCUCUGGGGUCCAGUCCGUCACUUCCGACAACUCUCAUGUCCUCAGCAGAGUGCCUUCCCCCAUCUGGUUAAUGCCUCCGGAUGAAUACUGUCUAAUCUGGAUAACCGCUGAUCUCAUUUCAUUCGUCAUAAUUGUAGGAGUUUUUAUAUUCCAGAAAUGGCGUCUGGGGAGCAUCCACACGUAUAACCCCGAGCAGAUUAUGCUCAGUGCAGCCGUCCGCAGGUCCAGCCGGGAUGUCAACAUCAUGAAAGAGAAACUUAUCUUUUCGGAAAUCAACAGUGGCAUAGAGACGACAGACGAUCUUUCGCUGUGCUCCGAAAGCGGCUAUGCCAACGAUGUCGGCACCCCCAUGGACCACCGAGAAGCGAAGCUCCGUAUUGACUGAGAGGGGUGGGGAGGCGGCAAACAGCUGGUGGACUCCACAACCUCCCAGGACACCUCCGUGGUGGGAGCUUUUUGAGCUGCUGGGGACCAAACUCCUUCCACCCAAACUAUUUGUGCAAUGGACUUCGUGAGAGUGGCCUGGUGCCUCUCUGGAAACUGAAGCUGGGCUGGGUUUCUCUGGUUUUUUUUUGUAAAUAACUCCCUUUUUUGUGGCCCUUUUUCUUGCCUAGUGUGGGUGGGUGGGAAUGGGCAUGUUUGUGAGGAGGAAACUGGUGAUUGAGGCAUGCUACCCACCCAGCUGGUCCCUCCAUUGAGCUUAGACCAGGCAGAGCCAACAUGGCGCCCUCCAGAUGUUGCUGGACUACAACUCGCAUCAUCCCCGACCAUUGGUGAUGGAGGCUGGGGCUGAUGGGAGUUGGAGUCCAGCAAGAUCUGGAGGGUGCCAUGUUGGCUACGCCGGGUUGAGAUGCUGGGCCCAGCCAGUGACGGAACGAACCCUGUUGUCCUUCUCCUUUCCUUGGUGCAGCGAUUGUUAGCUGAACUUGUUUAAAAUAUGUAUGUUGUGAA